CCUGACAGAAAGGAUGCUCUGAAUAACAUUGAGAAUUCCAUUUAUAGAACAGCCUUCAAGUUACGAUCAGUGCAAACUCUGUGUCAGUUGGACUUGAUAGACAGCUCCCUGAUUCAGCAUGUUCUACUACGUCAAAGUUUCUGGGAAGCUAGGAAGAGCUCACUUUCUGUGCAGCAGCUUUUUCAGGUGCUCCAAGAGCUUUUUCAGAAAGCCAUGCUGGAAAAACCAGGACAGGUGCAUCCCAGAGCGUCAGAACUUACUCUGAGCCUUCUCACAACCAUUUAUGACAGUACAGGAACAGGUUUUCUCAAGCUCAUGCCUGUGGCUGCUGCCCUAAUUGCCCUCUCAGGGGACAGCCCUCUCACAAAAUACAGAGCUCUGUUUCAGCUCUAUGCAGAAAAUAACAAGGCAGGUUAUGACCCUGGAGCACGCAUGACUCGAAGGAUUUUGAGAAACCUACUAACAGAUUUACAGCAGAUCCCAGCUGUUGUGGGCGAGAGUUGCUCUCUGUGCUCUGUGGAAAGUGCCACAAGAGGCUGUUUCCAAGGGGUGUUGAGCCCUACAAUUAAAGAGGAGAAAUUCUUAUCUUGGAUGCAGUCUGAGCCUCUGAUCCUCCUGUGGCUUCCAACAUGUUAUAGACUAUCAAUCACUGAAAUUGUCACUCACCCUGUCCGGUGCAGCAUCUGUCGGACCUUCCCGAUCUUAGGACUGAGAUACCGCUGUCUGAAGUGUCUGAACUUUGACAUCUGCCAGGUGUGUUUCUUAUCUGGUCUUCACAGCAAGUCCCAUCAGAAGUCUCAUCCUGUUAUUGAACACUGUGUUCAGAUGUCAGCAAAGGAGAACACAAAACUCCUCCUUGGGACCCUCCGAAACAAUCUGCUGCGAGGGCACUAUGGAAGGAAGGAAGCUAGAGGAAGACAGUGGCAGCUGGAUCAGGUGAACCCGAAGGACAUCGACCAUAAUUCCCAACUCAGGCUCCUUAAAAAACAGUUAAACAGAUGCAAAGACAAGUUGCAAGCAAUAUACAUCUCCCAGGAAGAAAAAAGUUGCAGAUUUGAAGCAAAAAUUCACCAACUCACAGCUAAGCAGAACAGUCUAUGGACCAAGCUACAGCAGCUGAGACAGGAUCUACAGGCCAUGCUGCAGCCACACCAUCCUUCAUCUUCUUCCUGUCAAAAUAGAGCGUCCAAGUUUAGCCAUUCUUCAGCUGAACACUUUCUAAAGAGAGAAGAUUCUUCCCAGGUCAAGAUCACCACUGAGAAUGGUUUAGAUUGGGAAUCUCUUUCUAACCCUGCCAUGGUUGAUAGAGGCCUCCGAAGCCAAGCAUAUGUAAAUCAUGCUCUCCCAGAUCCAGAAUCAUCAGAGAAGAGUUUGCAAAGCACAAAGGUGCAAAAUCAAGCACAAAAGAUGCCAAAGGAAAGCCUUAGCUCCCUACCCACUUGCCAGAAGGGACUGCUGCAAGACAACUCGCAAAUUGCUCCUACAGAUAUGGGCAGUCCUGCCCUGGCAUCUGUGGAAAAUAAAGAGGCAGUUAAUGUCAGUGAGAGAAAGGAUGAGCUAGAGGAAGAGGAACUGCAAGAACUGUUGACAAAACUUAUGGAUACCUUCAAUCUAGAAAUGCCAUCAGGUCCACAGUCCUCAGUAAACAUGGAUUUGUAUGGAGGAGCUGAACGGGUAUGCAGAGCCUUCUCUGCCCUUGUGGAUCAAAUCACCUUGCCCAGCUUGAAGUGA